UUCAUAUAAUGCUGCAGUGAGAGAGAGAGACGGACAAAAAGGACUCAAAAGGAGAGCGACGAUGGAAACGAACUCCAAGUCUGCUUCUGAGGUCUCGCCCUUAUGUAAAGACGUUCCCAAAGUCCUCUCCUCUUUCGUCGACACCUUUGUUGACUUCUCCGUCAGCGGCGGCCUCUUCUUACCCAAAGACUCUCCUCCUAAUCUCUCGAGUUGCCCAAACCCUCUUGCCGAUUCACUAUUCUCGCCCCCGCCCCCGCCCCCGCCCCUGCGAACCCGCUACCCUAACCCGCCGGACCGUCUGGUCGCAAUCGGGGAUCUUCACGGAGAUCUCGAGAAGUCGAAGGAGGCUUUCAGGCUCGCCAAUCUGAUCGACCGCUCUGACAGAUGGAUCGGCGGCUCCUCCACCGUUGUCCAGAUCGGCGACGUGCUUGACCGCGGCGGCGACGAGCUCAAGAUCCUGUAUUUCCUAGAGAAAUUGAAGCGGCAAGCUGCGAGGAGUGGUGGGACCCUGAUCACGAUGAAUGGCAACCACGAGAUCAUGAAUAUGGAGGGCGAUUUUCGGUUCGUGACGAAAUCGGGUUUGGAGGAGUUUAGGGUUUGGGCGGAUUGGUACCGUUUUGGGCAAGCAAUGAAAGGUCUUUGCAAGGGUUUGGAAAAGCCAGAGGACCCGUUUGACGGGGUUCCAUUGUUUCGCAAAACCAAUGAUAAGGAUCUCGUACAAGGUCUCAGAGCGAGAAUAGCUGCGUUACGGCCCCAUGGGCCGAUAUCGAGCCGGUUUUUGUCUCAGAAUGUGACUGUCUUGGUUGUGGGUGACUCGGUUUUUGUUCAUGGUGGGCUUUUGCCGGAACAUGUUUCCUAUGGGUUGGAGAAGAUUAAUGAGGAGGUCAGGGAUUGGAUUAAGGGUUUGGGGGGGCGGUUUGCGCCAGCGUAUUGUAGGAGGAGUGAUGCGGUGGUGUGGCUGAGGAGCUUUUCGCACGAGCUAGCAAAGAAUUGCGAUUGUUCGGCUCUUGAACGCGUUCUCGCCACCAUUCCCGGGACGAAGAGAAUGAUAAUGGGACAUACGAUCCAGAAGGUUGGGAUCAAUGGGGUUUGCAAUAACCAGGCAAUACGGAUUGAUGUGGGUAUGUCGAAGGGGUGCAUUAACGGGUUGCCAGAGGUUUUGGAGAUCACUGGCAAUUCAGAGUUGCGGAUUUUGACAUCUAAUGCUCGCUAUGACAACAAUUAUAGAGCUUCUUUGCAUAAAGAGAGGAAGGCCGGGCUCGGGCUGUUGAUCCCAGAACACGGACCGAAACAAGUGGAAGUGAAAGCUUAAGAGUCUGGAAAUUUAUGCAUGAUAUUUAUGUGGAAUCUCUUUGGAUACAUAUCAUUCGAACUUCUUAAAUGUAAUCAUUUUCUUGUAAUCAAUUAUUGGAGAAAAUUAGGUCAAGCAAAAGAAUAGCAUCCUGGGCAUUCUAAAAGUUGAAUUUAUAUUCAUUUUCAAAGAUUGCUCAGCAUUGACACUACGUGAUAAUAUGAAUCCCGUUUAAGUUGUUAAUUUCAAUAAAUUGUAUUACUUA